CGUUGCCUUAACUUUUUUAACCUCUUUCCUCCCCCUUACUUACUGACACUUAUUUCCUCCACUCUCAUUCCCUCUCUCUCCCUCCUGGCCAAUUGUCCCUCGAACCUUCUUUUCUACUCCGAAGGAAUAUGCUUUGCGGUCCCCGUCAAUUCUGCCCAAUUCGCUGACCUCCUUCGACUUCUCCCCCGCACAAUGGCCACCGCCGCCCCUAACGGUCAUGCUAAUGCGACCCAGCCCGCCGAUACGGCCGAAGAACGCAGACGAAUCCACCACGAUGCCGACGUUGUGAUCGUGGGCGCAGGAGUUCUAGGAUGUGCGCUUGCAGUUACACUGGGAAAACAGGGCAGGAGCGUUCUACUGCUAGAAGCCUCGAUGAAGGAGCCGGAUCGCAUUGUCGGCGAGCUAUUGCAGCCCGGUGGUGUCCAGGCCCUGGAGCGGUUAGGCCUGGCGGAAUGUCUGGAGGGGAUUGAUUCAAUCCCUUCUUACGGUUUCUAUGUGUCUUAUUUUGACAAAUCCGUGACUAUGCCUUACCCCAAGGAGACCCCGUCGUCGCCGCCCCCGCGCGGUCGCUCCUUCCACCACGGACGGUUUAUCAUGAAGCUUCGGGAAGCAGCUCUGGCCUGUCCCAAUGUUACCGUUGUGGAGACCAAGGCGACAGACCUAAUCACUUGCUCGCAUACCAAGCAGGUUCUUGGUGUGGAGUGCCAAACCAAGGAAAAAAAGGAUUGCUAUUUUGGACACCUCACUGUCGUCGCCGACGGCUACGCCUCCAAGUUCCGGAAGCAAUACCACUCUAAUACUCCGACGGUCAAGUCCCGAUUCUGGGCUCUCGAACUAAUUGACACGAAACUUCCUGCGCCUAAUCAUGGACACGUCCUCUUAAGUGCAAAUCCGCCGAUCCUCCUGUACCAGAUUGGCACCCACGAGACCCGUAUCUUAGUCGAUAUCCCAGAGAACCUCCCAUCCGCAUCGGUCAAGAAUGGUGGCGUCAAGAAUCACCUGUGGAACGUGACCCUGCCGUCUCUUCCUGAGUCUGUUCAGCCAGCCUUCCGCGCCGCACUGGAAAAGGGUCCGUUGAGGUCUAUGCCGAACUCAUUCCUUCCCGCCGCACAGAACAAGACCCCGGGGCUGGUGAUACUGGGUGAUGCGCUGAACAUGCGGCAUCCGUUGACUGGUGGCGGCAUGACUGUGGCUUUCAACGAUGUACUUGUGUUCCGGGAUCUGCUGAGUCCCGAAAAGGUUCCCGAUUUUGCAGACACCGACAGGGUUUUGAAGCAGCUGAAGUCCUUCCACUGGAAGCGAAAGAACGGAUCCUCUGUCAUUAACAUUCUGGCUAUGGCGUUGUACGCCCUUUUCUCUGCCAACGAUGAAAACCUCCGCGUCCUCCAGCGAGGCUGCUUCCACUACUUCGAUAUGGGCAUGUAUUCCGAGCCAAUGGGUCUUUUGGGCGGCCUUAUCAAAAAGCCCUUCGUACUAUUCUGCCAUUUCUUCACAGUCGCAUUCCUCUCCCUCUGGGUGCUUCUCCGUGAGGCUCCUCUGUACCAGCUUCCCUGGUCACUAAUCAGAUGCGCGAGGGUAUUCUGGACAGCUUGUGUUGUUAUAUUCCCCUACAUGCUCAUUGAAGCAUUCUGUUAGUAUUAUUAGACCUUUAUAUUCCCUUUGUUUCCCUUACUCUUAUGUUUUCGGAGCGAAACGAUCUCUUCUCGUUCAAAUUCUUAUGGCUUGGUGUAUGAUACGAGUUUUACUACACUUACCUUCUCAUGCUGUAAUAUUAUUUCCAGACUGCUUAUGAUUUAUAUGCUUUUAUUGAGCCAGUUACCUUCCCACAGCGAUGAUAGAACGGAGACAUACAAAAGCAUGUACAUACAUAUACGAAUUAUACAAUUAAUAUAUACUUAUCACAUGAAA